AUGUACUUAAGAAAAUCUUUCCUCAAUUUUACAAAAAACUAUAACGUAUUAUACUUAAAUCUCAUACAACAAAAUUUAUACUCGUAUUAUGUAAAUAAAAAUUGUGUCUCUCCGCCAAUUUUAACAAACAUAUCACAAUAUUCAAAUGAUAGUCCAUCAAAAUGUUGGAAUUGUAAUUUUGUGUACAAGUCUGAUUUAUUCUGUUCCAAAUGUAAAGUUUUACAAGAACCACCUGAAAGUUUAACGUAUUUCGAUAUAAUCGGCAUUUCAAGAAGUUAUGACGUUAAAAUUACAGAAAUUCAAAAAAAGUACAAGGAACUCCAAAAACUAUUACAUCCUGAUAAAUAUAGUACUAAAUCUGAGAAAGAAAAGCAACUUUCUGAGAAUUUAUCAUCAUUAGUAAAUAAAGCUUAUACUACAUUGAUACAUCCUCUAAAAAGAGGACUAUAUAUAUUAAAAUUAAAUGGCAUAACAAUAUCAGAAGAAACAGAUAACAUAAACGCAGAAUUUUUAAUGGAAAUUAUGGAAAAAAAUGAAGAAAUAGAAGAUGCUGCAAAUGAUGAAGAAAAGAUAAAGAAGCUAGUACAAGACAAUGAAAUUAUCCUAAAUAAUUUAGCAAAAAAAAUAGCAGAUGCAUUUAGACAGGAAGACAUUAAAAAAGCAGAAUCUUUUCUCAUACAAAUGAAAUAUUAUGACAGUAUACGUAAUAGAUUAAAAAAAUUAAAAUAUGAUCUA